UCGACACACUGAAAACAUGUAAUGCGACGCAGGGCGGAGUACGUUUGUAAUCAGAAUUGCUCCUUUUUUGAGCAAGACACGACUUUGUGGUCAUUCAAUCAAACGUGCCGACCCUAACGCGGACUGAGCAACAAAGACACAUAGAGUGUGUGUGUUUCCCAUCUUCAGCUUGAUUUGAGCUGCGUUGUGCAGAAGGUUCCCCGUGCACACGGUCUUGAUGUUGGAGUUUGCAGCAUACUGUGUGUAGAAACAGCACGCCUGCUGUUUGAGCAUAAAGCCUAAACAUGGUGAGGCUGGAGCUGGAUCAGGUGGUGAUGAGGAGGAUGAGGGAGGACGACAUAGAGAUGAUCAAAGACCUCAUCAAGGAGGGCUCGGAGGGCACAGAAAACCGUCUCAUCCUCCACAUCCUCACUCGUCCGCUCUGCCUCUUCAUUUUGGCUGUUUUCUCCUCAAUCCUACGCUGCCUUGUCCACUCCUUUAUCCUGGCCCUCGCUAUUCCUGUCUUCCUGCUAAUUAUCUUUCUCAAGAUCACCAUGCCACGGUCCACAGGGGUUCUGGGCAGCAGCCGCCCCUACUGGGACUAUGUGGGCAGCAGCUAUCGAGGAACACAGGAUGAGACACUGCAGAAUCCGUACUGUAGGAUCAGUGGCAAGACACAACUGACAAAAAAGCCAAGAAGCAGAAUUGGAUCCAAAGACAAGGACAAGGAGAUGUCAACAGAGAAAGUCACCCCAGAGAGGGAACAGGCAGCGGGACAGGUCUGGGUGGCAGACUGCGAGGGGGAGAUCCUGGGCUGCAUUUUCCGAGAGAGUGAGAAGGAAGCGGGUAUCAGGAGGAUCUGCAGGCUGGUGACAGGCUGCUGGUAUCGCAGGGAGGGCCUGGGUCGGCUGCUUGUCCAGAGUCUGGAGCAGAGAGAGCGGGAGACUGGGGCACACAGAGUGUAUGCACAUGUCCCCUACCCCUCUAAGGUGGGGGAGUCCUUCUUCAGGAAACUGGGCUAUCAGCACUUGGGGGAGGGGACUGAUGAAGAAGGCGAUGAGGAGAUGAAGCUGGAGACUCCAGAGAGAGGCUUUCUUGGAUACCACCUCACUAAGGUGUUUUAUAAAGACCUCUGAUUGAGUGAUGAUAGACUCAUGGAGUGAAAAACGUGGCAGUACGUCCCAGGGAUGGCUAAAGGGAAAGAAGAGUUAAUAUAAACUUGUGGAUCUUUGCUGAAGGUGAUAGUGCCAUUGCUGCAACAUGUUUGGAUUUUUGUUUGUUAAGUUAAUAAUUUAUUAAAUAUUUGUGUUAUUUAAGCCAGUAUAUAUUUACUUUAUGUGUUGUUGUUCAAUUUGUGAGUUUAAUUAUGUUUUCACCUUUUUAUCAUUUAAAGCACCAUCUCUCCAUUUUCACGGAACAAGUGGUUAUCUAUUAUUUAAGAAUUGAAAAAUGACAUCAUGAUGCCUCAGGCGUUCUCUAUCAUUUGUAAUCAAGUAAAAUAUUCAUGUAAAAUGUCUGCAGAGGAAAUGUCUUUUUUAAAAUUAAAUUCAAUAAGGUAAA